AUGAAGACGUCUCUGAACGUCCUUCACGUGUGGACAUGUUUUUUCUUUAUGCUUUAUAGCUCAGAGGUUUUAAAAUCAGCCUCAGCUCAAGAGAAUGAAGCCGUGCUGGACUUUGGUCUAUCGGAGGAGUCAGACUUGGAGAACGUUCCUAAGUUUGUGGAGUCUGAGGAAGUGAACUCUUUACCCAAAAUGCAACAGUUUAAAACGGCGGAGAUGGCGGACGCCGUGAUGGGGACAGAGGCCGCCAUCGACCCGGCGGAGAUCCACUCCCUGUUCCCCAAACACCAGAAUCCUCAGGGUUUCUCUCCUCCGUGUGACGAGGACCAGUGUGAGGCAGAGGCACAGGAGGAGGAGGAGGAGGAGAUCCUCUCCUCUCCUCAGAUCCUCUCUCUCCUCAGAUCCUCUCUCUCCUCAGAUCCUCUCCUCUCCUCAGAUCCUCUCCUCUCCUCAGAUCCUCUCCUCUCCUCAGAUCCUCUCUCUCCUCAGAUCCUCUCUCUCCUCAGAUCCUCUCCUCUCCUCAGAUCCUCUCUCUCCUCAGAUCCUCUCCUCUCCUCAGAUCCUCUCUCUCCUCAGAUCCUCUCUCUCCUCAGAUCCUCUCUCUCCUCAGAUCCUCUCUCUCCUCAGAUCCUCUCUCUCCUCAGAUCCUCUCUCUCCUCAGAUCCUCUCUCUCCUCAGAUCCUCUCUCUCCUCAGAUCCUCUCUCUCCUCAGAUCCUCUCUCUCCUCAGAUCCUCUCUCUCUCCUCAGAUCCUCUCUCUCCUCAGAUCCCUCUCUCCUCAUCCUCUCUCUCCUCAGAUCCUCUCUCUCCUCAGAUCCUCUCUCUCCUCAGAUCCUCUCUCUCCUCAGAUCCUCUCUCUCCUCAGAUCCUCUCUCUCCUCAGAUCCUCUCUCUCCUCAGAUCCUCUCCUCUCCUCAGAUCCUCUCCUCUCCUCAGAUCCUCUCCUCUCCUCAGAUCCUCUCUCUCCUCAGAUCCUCUCUCUCCUCAGAUCCUCUCUCUCCUCAGAUCCUCUCUCUCCUCAGAUCCUCUCCUCUCCUCAGAUCCUCUCUCCUCCUCAGAUCCUCUCUCUCCUCUCCUCUCCUCAUAUCCUCUCUCUCCUCAUAUCCUCUCUCUCCUCAUAUCCUCUCUCUCCUCAGAUCCUCUCUCUCCUCAUAUCCUCUCUCUCCUCAUAUCCUCUCUCUCCUCUCCUCUCCUCAGAUCCUCUCUCUCCUCAGAUCCUCUCUCUCCUCAAAUCCUCUCUCUCCUCUCCUCUCCUCAGAUCCUCUCUCUCCUCAAAUCCUCUCCUGCUUGUUCCUCUCCUCUUCUUUCCUUCCUCCUCUCUCUUCUACUUCUUUCCUCUCUCGCCCCUCUCUCUCUCCUCUUUUCUUCCUGUUUCUUGCUCCUCCUUUCAUAUGUGA